AUGGAGGUAUGCGACCCAGGAUACACUUUCGGCCAAGCCACUGGCUCACCAGGAGCAGGGCACUUUUCUCAAGUGGUGUGGAAAGAGAGUACUAAGCUGGGCAUUGGAAUGGCUGAAACUGACGAGAACGGAAUGAAAUGUACUUACAUUGUGGGUCGCUACAAACCCGCGGGAAACUACGGGGGAGAAUACGCUGAAAAUGUUCCUCAAGGUUCAUUCAAUAGUGCAAGGGAUUGUGCAGCGUUAAAGAAAGGAACGAUUAUCAGGCACCUAGCGCCACGAUCCAAAAUUCAUCACGGCAAAUCCUGGAAAAAGACACGUCAUCAGUAAAGCGUUGCGCUUAGCUCCUUUAGCUUCUAUAUUUUGAAUCCACAGCAUGAAAAAAAUAAUAGAAGUGCCGUAUUUUCUCAAUAAAACGCUUCAGCGUCUGUUUAAAACUCACUGGCCUUGUGACCCUGGCUUUUGUUUGAAUUUACAGUUUGUUUUUUCUUGCUAUUUUUCCCGAUCAAGAAAAGGCUCUUUUUCCUGACAUUUACGGCCGUGUAUCUUGCCCUUAGUCCUUUACAUUAUAAAUUCAUAAAAUUGACUGAACGCCUGUUUGAAGGGAUUACAGCUACCUCUACUGGACUCGGGCGUAUGAGGAAAUACUACUACUAAUGGUCUGUGAGUAUGUUGUACAUAUUAGGUUAUUGGCAUUAAAGUCAAUAAAAAAUUAAAAUAAUAACAACAACACUAAUAAUAAUGAUAGUAAUAAUUAGUAAUAAUUAGUAAUAAUAAAUAAAGUCAUCCUAACAAAGACAUAAAACAAUUGCUAGUAUUGAAUACAAUACGACCUGAAAAAUAAGCUAUCUUUGGAUCUUCCUUGUUCUCGACUCUUCAAUGUAAGUAAGGGAGAUUACACUGAGCCUUACAUAGCGUACCGCACGUUAAGAAACUGGCUACUCAAAAGGUGCCUAUCACGUGACUUGUAUGGUCAUAUCUUGUUGAAUGGUUACAAAUGGUCGGCAUCUGUAUUUCCCAUUUAUGUCACAGUAGUGAAAGAAUUGAAUGCACUGAAAUAAAACAGAAUCCGAAAGGAAAUGUUGAUGUAUUACACAUUUGACUAAUCGUAGAUGAGAAACAAGUAACCUGUAACAAGGCUAUCGCUAAUGCCAUGAACACAGUCUAUUUUACCUCCAUCGCAUUAAUUUUAUUGGCUAACCGUCACGAUCUCGCAUCUGAAACGGCUCCAGAGGCUGUUUCUUCUGACAUCAGGACAUACAGUAAGUAAUGAACACAAAGUUUUUAAAGCGCUUAAGGAGCUCGAUCGAGCCAAAGCAUGGGAUGUGACAGGAUUUACGCAAAGUAAGAGUCACUGUGUGACUUGCCUUUUCAAUGAAUCGUUUCGCACUGGUCAAUUUUCAUUUUUAUGGAAAAUAGCUAAAUCGAUUGUGACAAUUAUGUGCCUCUCGGUAUUGCCCUGUAUUCCAAAUUCAUGGAGUCCUUUGUUAACAUUGACUUACGAAAUUUGGCACACGAGGGGUCGGUCUCCUCAUUGAACAGCAUCAAUUCGCCUAAAAUAACAGUGGCACUGAAAUGUGCUAUUGACGAUGAAGUCUCUUUGCGUUUUUCAUCAUUGUUUAUUGUUUACUGUUGAUUUAUCUUUUCAGAUAUAAAAGAAAGAAAACAUAAUUAAAUUACAUAUAAAAUACACAAUUUGAAAUGAAGAACUUCAAAAAGUGAGGAAGUCUCAAGAAGCCAUGAAGGCUUAUAGGUAAAGUUGUUAGAUAAAGUUGUUACGUUAUUUAUUAUACUUAAAGUAAAGCGUUUGAUGUCAUUGAGCAUGACAUACAGUUUGCCAAACGUUAAUCAUGUGAUAUAAAGGGAACGCUCUUUAGUGAUUUAACAGCUACCUUAUCGGUAGAUCUCUUUUUUUUUUUUUAUGUAGAGACUCUGCUUCUGAGCUUCGGCAUCUCCGUUUUAGAGUCCCGCAAGGGUCAGUCUUGGGUCCAACUUCGUUCAAUAUUCACACAAACAACAUAUCCAAAACAUGUCACAAUUCUGAUGUUGGGCUAUUUGCACAUGAUACCGAGAUUCAUUUAA